CGCAUUCUCGGCCGGCAUGCGAUCCGUAGGCGCGCGCGCCGGAAAAUCAUUCGAUUAGAUCUAGCGCUUCGGUCGAACGUCCACCAAUCGGAAAGUGUCGGCUUUAUAAAUUUCCACCAACCGAAAGCUUUAUUUAAAAAAAAAUGUUCUUAAAAAAAUCAAGUGCUUGUGAAAAUAAGCUUCAUAAAUGAUUGCUUCCGGAUCCAGUGUCGCGGGGAUUUUUACGAUCAAAAUGAACGCAUCUGCUACGUAUUUCUUACGGACUCUCCGAAUGGUUUAAAAUGUCGAAAGUUAUUUUGAAAAAGACGAUAUGGACAUUCGAAAUAUUGUGAUUCCCAAAAUAUUGUUUUAACUUCGAGCGUGUAUCUCAAAACGUUUUAUUAAGAAGUUAAUAUAAUAAACUAGUCAAGAUGAUGUCCAAAAAGCAAUUGGCAUGCAUGCUCGCGUUACACAUAGUGUAUUUGCUGGUCGGCGCUAGCAUAUUUUAUCACAUAGAGAGUCCCUUGGAACUGGCGCAGAGGGCUGAGGAAAAACUGGAAAGACUUGAAAUCCAAAAUCUUCUCUAUGAAAACUACAUCCCGAACGACCCUGAGAAGCAAGACAACAUACUACGCAAGCUGUCUGAAUACUGUGGCAAGUCCAUGUUCAAUUACACCACAGAAGACGCCGAACCUCCAUUCAAGUGGGACUUCUACCACUCUUUCUUCUUCUCCUACACUGUUGUCAGUACUAUAGGUUACGGAAAUUUGGCGCCAACGACCCACCUGUCAAGGAUAUUGAUGAUAUUCUAUGGAUUGUUCGGUAUACCGAUCAAUGGUAUCCUCCUCGCAAACCUCGGUGAAUACUUCGGCCUUCAGCUCAUUUCUGUAUACCGCAAGUACAAAAGAAAAGAUGAAAGGCGUGCUGAUAAGCUGGAUUAUUUCUUCAGUAACCUCGGCAUGCUUGGGCAAAUCUUCCUCUAUCUAGUGCCUGGAUUUUUAUUCUUCAUAUUCUUGCCAGCCUGCAUUUUCAUUGUAUUUGAAGGCUGGGAUUAUGUUGCUGGCAUAUAUUAUGCGUUUGUCACAUUAACUACUAUAGGCUUUGGGGAUUUAGUAGCAGGAACUGUAAACAAUGGUUUUAAAUCUGGCUAUUUUAUGGCGUACCAAAUCUUUCUCAUCAUUUGGAUUACUUUUGGCCUCGGGUAUAUUGUGAUGUUGCUUGGUUUCAUUACAAGUGGUAUGCGAUCUGAGAGAGUCCACAGAUUGGAACAAAAAUUUGCCUGCCAGUUAAAAUCGACACAAAGCAAAAUAUUACAAGGAUUCACAAGAGAUAUUGCUAUUAUUAGAAAAAUUGUUAAUGAAGCCAAUUUAUUAAAAGUGAAACCUGUUUACGUGAAAGCUACGCCAUUUUUAUAUAGAAGUUCCAGUUGCCCCAACUUUACUUUUGAUAUAGAACCAAGGGAUCCAGUCGUUAAAAGAAAACGGGCGAACUCUGAAAAUAUUUACCUUUCCGCUAAAGAUAUGCUCCGUAUCCAGUCGGAUACUGAUCUGCUUGGAAUAGACAAAGAAAAGACAUUUACCGCAACAGCUAUUGUAAAACCAGUCGAAUUAUUAGCAAGAGUUGUAAAUGUACUUGGCGGAUUUGAAGCACAAAAUCGUGAUAGAGGUAUUAAUAUUUUUGAUGAUGACCAUAUUUUAGCUAGUGAAAAACCGCCUCUUUUUAGCAUUGGUCAAGAGUAUAUACCGAGUACUCCAAAUAGUAUGAGAACCAGAGCUUUAAGUGUAGCCGUACCAAAUUACAAAAAAGAAUCUGUUGCAAAAUUAGAUAAUGACUUAACAUGGACUAACGGUGAUACAGCUGAAAAGUAUAGGAAAGAGGCCAACAUGCGUAGCGGUAAGUUUUCACUACCAGCGGCAGUAUCAUCCAAUGAUACAAGUUCUCAAUCAAGAAGCCUAUUUUCUCGGUUGUUUAGAAAGCCCAGUUCUAGCGAAAGUCCUGCUGAAUACAUCAAAAAUACAAUGAGGGGUAGAUUAAGCACUCCUCAUGGAUCUUCAGAAAACAAUAAGGAGAAAGAAAGGCGAAGCAGUAUUUUCCCAACAUUUGGUCUUAGUGAUACACAAAAGGGCGAUGUGGAUGCUUAUAAAGAAAAUACAAAACGAGGCAGGCAUAGUAUUUUCCCUUCAUUUGACUUUUCCGAGGAUGAGGAUAGAGCUGCCGCUAAAGCAUAUCAACAAAAACCUAAAAGACACAGCAUAUUUCCGACUUUUGAUUUCAGUGAAGAUGACGAUGCAUCUGCUGCUAAAGCAUACAAAGAAAGAACUAGAUCUGGUAGACAUAGCAUAUUCCCAACAUUUGAUUUUAGUGAUCCCGAUGAGGAUGCUAAACGUUACAAAGAAAAUACAAGACGUGGUAGACAUAGUAUAUUCCCGACCUUUGACUUUAGUGAUCACACUAGUAAUGAUGAGGAUACUGUCGAUGAAGAUGAAGUACAAAAGUACCAAAACCGUACUCGAAAGGGGCGUCUAAGUUUAUUACCUACAUUUGGUAGAUCUAAGAAAAGCGAUGAUGAAACAAUGCCGGAAAGUUCAGACGAAUUAGUUAACUACAAGGAAAAAACACGUCAUGGUCGCAGUAGUCUGUUUCCGUCAUUUGGGAAAAGUAGAAAAAUUAGUACACCAGAACCUUGUACCAGCGAUCUUGAGGCAAGUAUUAAACAAUAUCAAAAUCAAACAAAAAUGGGUCGGAGCAGUUUAUUUGCUGGUGAUGUAAAUAGCUUUAGACAGGCUACUGAAGUAGGCCGAGGAAACGUCUUUUCUAGUGAAUUAGAUAAUUAUAGAAACAGAACACGUCAUGGGCGUCCGAGUUUAUUUGAUCCUGAUAUAAAUAUUGCUAAUCUUCCUGAAUCAGAGCAAGUCGAAGUAUUAGAAAAUACAAGUGUUGCUGAUUUACUACGUGCUCUAGCUGUUAUAGACACAGUUAGUGGUGAAAGUAAUUCAGAUGGACCGAGUUCCUUAGAUACACCGUCUUCAAGAAGACGCAGUUCUAUCCGACCAGAAUUAAAUUUACCACCUAUCCCUGGAAGAGGAGAUUUCGAAGAAAUUAGUGGACCAAGGAGAAGAAGAAUAUCAGUGCGAGCCGCAGCUCCGCAAUUUACUCCAACUUUAGCUACGGUUGUUGCGGGAGCAGAAUUGCAAAUAACAGCAGCUGCACAAAGAGAAAACCGUAUGUCUAUGUUGAUGCAAGCUCCUCCGCCUUAUUCAGAAAGCGCUAAUGAAGUUCAUACUCCAAGGACAAGAAGAUAUUCACCUGCUCCCGCUAUCGCAGAAUCAAGUAGAUCAGGGACAGCACCAGUGACUAGACUUUUCACACGAAUGCGAAAAGAAAGUGCCUCUGCCAACGAGGAAGGUUCAAGACGCAAUAGUUUAACCGAUAUUGUAAUAGAUAAUAAUAAAGAAAAGAGAUGAAACGUAGCACAGUGCCAGUAAUACUUUAGUGCAAUUAUUAGUAUUAAGUAUUUAUGUAAUUAAUUUAUUCUGUGUUAAAUAAGCCGUCCAGUAUAUAAUAGUGAAUAGUAAUAUAAUGUCACCAUUUUAUUAUUUUUAGAUUCCUAUUUUCCUUGAAACUUAUUGUAUAAUAAGGCUUAAAAAAUACUUAUUAUUAUUUAAUAAAUUGAUUUACUCUGUAUUAUUAAAAUAUCUCAUCGGAAAUACUACUUCAUUAAAAAUAUAUUUUUAUUUUUUCCCCAUUUAAAUUAUCAUUUAUCUUAUGAUUCAAAAUGGCCUA